CAUCGGUCAUUCUUUAUUGUGGAAGGAGUAAGUGGGUGGGUUUCGCUCCUGUUAUAUUUCUGCAAUGGCUUUUGUCUAUUUCCUGGCCCCUUUAAGAUAAAGACCAGCACAGGAGUUGCCAGGGAGCACACAUACCUAUUACCCCCUCCAGACGUUGUUGAACUACAACUCCCAUCAUCCUCCCUAGCCAUUGGCUGAUGGAAGUUAGAGUUUAGCAGCAUCUGAAGGGCCAAAGGUUCCCCACACCUGCGUUAAUCCAUUUACAGGUAGGCAUCUCAGUUUGCAUUUUCAAGCAGCAAGCUAGCUAGGGAUCAAUGUCCUUGAAAUGUCUAACCAUCAUAAGAAAGUUAGUUUCCCUCCUAAGAACACUACUGGUUUUCUCUGAAGUAACACUAUCCCAGAAGAAAGUGCAGGUUGUGCCGGUAGUUCCUGGUAUGUUCUAGAUCUAGCCCCAAAAUAAUAGUGCAUGUCUCAGGAUGCUGAUGGGCUGGGCUGAUGGGAGUUGUAUUUCAAGACAUCUGGAGGGCCAAAGGUUUCCCCACACCUGCCCUAAGCCCGUCAGCAAUACAAUGUAAGAAAUCUGUCCCGGAAGGGUUACAGGGCUCUGUUGAUGGCAUCCAGGGCAUACCUACCUUCCCCAAAAGGAACAAAUGUGAAGAAUGGCAAACCAAUUAUCUGUUUUAGUGUCAUGCAAGAGGCUACUUUCUUAGGUAGAAAGGAGGACCUGGAGGCUGCAAUUGGGCAUUAGUGGCCUAUGUUGCAUGCCAGUGCUCACUUGAUGACCCUUAAUAUACAGAUUCAAGAGCUGCUUUGUAGCAGACCACACAAAUACAACUAGAGCUAAUGAAGGAUGUAACUCUUUUUUUCUGUGCUGAUUAAUACACAGCCAGUAGGGCCUCUGGGUUUAUUCACAAGGAACAAGGAACUCUGCAAGAAAAACAUCUCAUGAGGGACUGGGCCAGUUUUCCCAUCAAUACAACAAACAAUAGUUUAAGUUUGCUGUAGAGAACCUUUGGCCCACCAGAUGUUGCUGAACUACAACUCCCAUCAUUCCCAGCUGUUGACCAUGCUUGCUGUGGCUGAUGGGAGUUGUAGUUCAGGAACUUCUGGAGGGCCAAAGGUGUAGCUGGAAGUGCCAAACAGCAUCAAACUGAAAUAACUGAUACAGAAGCCGAAUAGGACUUUAAUCAGCAUUAGUUUGUCCUGCAGUAAAACGUUAUGUAGCAAAUAGGCUCCUCCCACUACCUCAUUCCCCGGCAGCAGGUAUUCACACAGGCAUUACUACCUCUGUAUCUAGAGGUUAGGGACGCGGAUGGCGCUGUGGUCUAAACCACUGAACCCUUGGGCUUGCCGAUCAGAAGGUCGGCGGUUCGAAUCCCCGCGAUGGGUGAGCUCCUGUUGCUCGGUCCCAGCUCCUGCCAACCUAGCAGUUUGAAAGCAUGCUAAAAAGUGCAAGUAGAUAAAUAGGUACCACUCCGGUGGGAAGAUAAACGGCGUUUCCAUGCGCUGCUCUGGUUUGCCAGAAGCAGCUUAGUCAUGCUGGCCAGAUGACCCAGAAGCUGUCUGCAGACAAAUGCCAGCUCCCUCAGCCAGUAAAACGAGAUAAGUGCCACAACCCCAGAGUCGUCCAUGACUGGACUUAACGGUCAGGGGUCCCUUUACCUUUAGGUUAUCUAGCUAAUAGCCACCAAUUUAUUUGCUAUGAAUUUGACCAAUCUCUCUUUAAAGGCAUCAAACCAGUGGUCAUUGCCAAAUCCUGUGUCAGUGAAUUCCAUAAACUAAUUUGGAUGUUCGUCGUUUUGGGUAUGUCUUGACUCUGUUGCCAUUGAUGAGGUAGAGCAUUGCGUAGCAGAUGAGGGUUCCCUGUACAUGUUGGAACUACAACUGCCAGCACCCCUGGCCAUUUGACUAGGGUUGAUAGGAGUUGGAGUUCACAACAUCCGGAGAGGGCUGCCAAUUGGCUACCCCUGUCUACAGGAGCCCUUUGGGCAAGUUUAUUGGAAGCUAAAAAUGAAAGCAGUGUAUCAUUUAACUCUUGGUCAUUCAAUAUGUUAUUAUGUUGCUUAGCAUAUAAUAAGAGAGGCUUUCUUUUAAUAAUUUGCCUAAGCUCUUCCCUGAAACUACAUUUAUUGAGUCCUAAUUCAAAUAAAACAGCUCCUCUGUAGGGGAACACUUAGGACUGUAAAGGAAAUAUUUUGGGCUGAUUUCUUAGGCAUAAUUUCUUUAGAAGGCAUCUGCAACCCUUCUUGAGCAGGCUUGGCUUUCAGUCCCUGCAUAUAAAAAUCAUACCCACUUUUCUGCUUUAGACUUCUGCAAAAAUUGACUUUGGAGGCAACAAAAGAGUAGAAUUUAGAUAGGCAUUUGCUUCAAGUGGUUUUUUUUUUGUUUUUGAUUUUUGCAAAUUGCUUUGAGUGUGGGUGGUUCUUUUCAUCCAAGAUCACUGCGUGCCCCAAAUGAAUAAUACUUUGUAAGUAAAGUUAGUAACUUUAUAAAGUGAGAUGUAAGGUUAUUACAGAAUUUCUGCAUGCAGUCUGUCUUUAGCAUGAAGCAAACAAACUGUGUCCUAGUUUGAAUGUCACAGUCAAAUGGCUUCUCCAGGUCUAUGUUGUUGUGUUUUGUGUGUUUUUAACAUUUCACUAUACACUAAGUCACUGAGCUAGGUGCAAGCAGCUUCCAACCUCCUCUGAAUCAUCCCUUUAUAGGCAAGAUGCUCAUACUAGGGAUGGGGAACCUUUGGGCCCACCAGGUACUGCUGCACAAAAGUUCCCAUUUCUGACCAGGGGCUGUGCCGGUUAGGCUAAUGGGAGCUGGAGUCCCAACAUCUGCAAGGCCACAGAUUUCCCCAGCUCUGCCCUAAUGCUAGUAUCAGUGUGCUCCUAGCUUUAGGAGACUUAAACUUUCAUUUUAUAUACAGAUGGGAGGAAACCAGUCUCUUCUAGUGUGCCUAAUCUUGACUUAUAUCUUAUGUAUAACUGGAAGCAAACCAAAACAGGCAAUUUGCAUCUUAUGCGCAUUUAACAUGUGAUUUUAGCAAUACAUGCUUGGCAGCAGCUACAUUCCAGCCUUUUUCUUCUGCCUCUGUUUCUCUGCUUGCUCCCUCCCAUCGGUCCACAAACCGAUGUCUGCCCAGGCAAGUACUGCUUGGCAUGUUCUGUGAGUGGGGUGCCUUUGGUGGAAGUGUAGUAGCUCUGAGAAUGAAGAUCCGCAAUGUUCUCAUGAGAAGUUGCAAGAAAGGCUUUUCGGUCUGGGUGUACUUGAGGCCUCCAGCUUCCUCCCACCUCUGAGCCUUCAACUUGCCAGUUGCCCCCUUUGAAUAGUCAUGGCUUCUCAAAGAAUCCUGUGAACCUCAGUUAAAGGUACUGAGAGUUGUUAGGAGACCCACUUUCCCCCUCACAGAGUUAUAAUUCUCAAAGUUCCCAUGGUAAAAGGAUUGACUGUUAAGCCACUCAGGGAAUUGUAGCUAUAAGAGGGCUAGGGGUUUACUAACAACUGCAGCACCCAUAACAAAUAAAAGUUCCCAAGAUUUUUUGGGAGAAAUAAUGAUUGCUAAACAUAUGGCGCAGUUGGGGUCUCAUUUUACUUGCUAAAGAAUUGUGUUGCUGGUGCUGUAUACCCCACCGUGCCCAAUAAACAAUGGUGCCUUUCAGUAUCUUUUCAGACUUGUCUCUCUCUUCUAGCAAAAUAUUCUAUGGCAGAUGUACAUUAAAUCCAGUUUGAGAUUGCCCAUCUGAUAACAUUAUAUAAGUACAGAUGAACAGUCUAUGUAUGUAACUAAUAAAGCAGAAUGUAUCUUAUAGAAAUUGUGUGUGUGUGUGGAAUGUUUCAAAGGACCCUGCAUGGCACCUAGCAGUACCAUGAAGCUAGUGUCUUUUUUUUUUAUGGCCAGCAUAUUUCAUGCAUUUCGGUGUCAAAACAUUUUUUAGAAUCACACACAGGAGAUAGAUUUUGAUGCUGCCUCCCUAUAUAUACUGGCCACAUUCACAAAACACAUUUAAAACACUAUUGUUUUAAAUAGUCAUGGCUUCGCUCAAAGAAUCCUGGGAACUGAUUUGCUAAGAGGGCUGAGAAUCGUUAGGAGAAUCCUUUUCUGCUCCCAGAGUGGUUUAUCAAUCCCUCUUCACAGGGGACUCUGGGAAUUGUAGCUCUGUGAAGAGACUAGUGGGUCUUCUAACAACUCUCAGCACCUUUUGGUGGGAGCGAUGGUUGAAGCUCGAGAGCAGGCAGAGCUGCAGGCAACAUGACCACCAGUCAGAAGCAUCAGGACUUUGUGGCUGAGCCCAUGUGGGACAAGUCUCUUGGUACUUUAGCUGGCAUUGGAGAUGUACUUGGCAGGAAGCUGGAAGACAAAGGCUUUGACAAGACGUACAUGGUUCUGGGACAGUUCUUAGUGCUGAAGGACAAGGACCUCUUCCGCAAGUGGCUGACGGACACGUGCAGUGCCAACACCAAGCAAUCCAGACUGUUAUGGCUGCCUGGAGGAAUGGUGUGAUGCUUUCUUGUGAAUGUUGGCCAAAGCCUGAUGGAUGCUGCGAGGGCUUUUGUAGUUGAAUAGAGAUUGCUCCUCCCCAUCUCUCUCAGCACCUUCCAGCAUCUACACAGGCUGCUGAAGGCUAUUGCUCCCAACACUGGGGUGGGGUAGGGGAAGCCAUGGUCGCCUUUUAAUGUAACUGAAUCUUUUUUCCUCCAGGGACAGGAUUGAGAAACAUCAAAUGUUCUAAUUUGAUGCUCCAUGUAGGUCAUUGUUUUUUACGUGGCUUUAAUAGCAACCCCCCUCACUGUUAGGCCACCCAACUCCAGAAACAGAACUGUCUGCUAACAAUAAUGGAAGCUCCCCUACUCCCUUUGAGCUCCAAUUAGAAUGAGGUUUACCCGUCAAUUCUGAAGACAAAAGAUGUUAGUAGGAUUAUUAUUUUUGUGAUUUCUCUCCAGUGUUUGAUCCCCACUGAUAUAAGCAAAAAUCUGCCCUUAUUCCCUUAUUGCAGGGGUGUCAAACUCAAAUUCAUCGGGGGGCGCAUCAGCAGUUUGGUCACCCUCAAAGGGCCGGUUGUAUCUGUAGGACUAUGUGUCCACUCUUUAUUAUCAUAAAUUAUUGUCACUGCAUUCAAUUAUUACUGUUUUUUGUAAUAAUGUAAGUAAUAACUAGCUCUGAAAGCAGAAACAUAGUCAGAAUAAUGGCAAGUAGAUAUUCAAACGUACAAUUAUUGUACAAUUUAUUGAAAAAUGAUUUUUGAUAACUGCACUGGGUGGUGGAGGCUCGCUAGGGUUUCAUGCAGGACCUUUGCAGAGCUACUAGUACCUGGAGAUGCUGGGGUCCUUCCGCAUACAGGACAGAUGUUCUGCCAGUGAGCCACCACCCUUCACCAAAGGGACUGGCUGAGGUUGACUCACUGGAGCUGCUCUCCUGGUUCCAGGGUUUAAGGGCCAGAAGUAUAAAGCAGCAUCCUAUG